CGCUGCUCCUCUGGUUGAGUAGCUAGCUAGUGCUACAUCCCACAAAGCUUUGCUGUUCUGAAUUGCGCUAACGUAACUAGGCUAAAAGCUUUACCAGAGUAGCCCCCACACUGACACACAUAUCCAAACGGGCUGACGGUGAAACAGAGAACAAACCAUUCCGUAGCUAUGGAUAACCGUGCACGGGCAUCAUGUAACGGCCAUUCUUAAUGUUUCCCUACAACAGCUAUUCGGGAGGAUUCAACUCUGACUGGUUACUAUACUUUUCCACAAACAAGGAUAUUUACCAACAUUGGUUUCCAUCAUCUCAGUAUUGAUGAAGGGGAAUCAGCAGUCAGUGGCUAAAUCAUCUCCAUUUGUAUUAAAAGCAUAAAGCAUAUUAGUUUGGCACUGCUAAUAUCACUCUGGAGCCUGUCAUUUCCAUGCUAUGGGAGUUUGAGUCAUCAUCAUGCACAGAUGGCCCAACAAAUCAUUUUUGAAUUGGGACCCAUUUAGUUGUUUUGCAGCCAGCCUAAGCAAGUGUUGGGUUUUAUCAUCCAAAAUCCCCUUGGCAAGGCUAAAUCACUGACAUCCUGAGAGUUGAAAGGAUUAAGAUCAUACAGGAUUUGCACGCUGAGGGAAGAAGGAACACCUGUUUUAGCUAGCGCUCUGAAAUCCAGGCCACUGUGCUCAGCUUGGUUUUUGUUUUUUGGUAUACCUUUACUUAUCAUCUGUCUGUGACUCUCUCUCUCCCACAAACUUACAUUCAGCCUGUUACUGAGUGCUAACAAGCAUUAUUCUGUUGCCUGGAAAGCAGAAUUACAUUCGUUUUUUUUUUGCCAUGUCUCGUUAAACUGAGAUUAUCACACUGGCUUCAGAAAAGGACCCUAGGACAUAAUUUAAACAUCGUGCAAACGUGACCAAUGGAACUCCACCUCUUUUAUUUUUUUGUCACUGUUGGUAUGCAUCGGCUUUGUCACAGAGCGCAUCGCAGUGACAUUUGUCGCAUUCAAAGUCCUGAUGUGCGGUAAGCCAAGCGAAAAAGGCUAUCUAAAAAGCUGCUGGUACCUGUAGCCAAGUCCCUCUCUCAUUCAGCCCUGUUUCUCUGCACCACUGCAGCCCUGUGCUUACUGUUAUGGCUUUGCCCUGGUGGCCAACUGAGCGAAAUGGGACUCUGGCUGUGCUGAAGGAUUAGACGCAGCCCUGGGAGUUGGACUGGACCAAAGGAUCGCGCACACACAUAUAUGCACACAGACACACACCAUGUUGCAGAGACAGUAGGUUUCCUGUUUGAGCCCCUGCUGUUUAGAGCUUGUUUUUGUGGGGGGUGUGGGGGGGGUUCUCCUCCGCAAUCUCAAAGGUUUGGAUGGUUGAGCACAAGGGCCACUUUGAAGGAGCCCGGCGGAGGCUGUGGUUUGGCCCUAGCUGACAGACUGUUUGCCAGCUACUGCUGAUUUAAGUACCCUGUGUCCCUCACCGCUUCUACACCCCUACAUCCCCCUCCUCUGCCAAACGUUCCGCCCCUGACUGCUCUGGUGAAUGGAGGUCUAGGGGAGCACAGGCAAGGUUGGAAGGGAACCAUUGCUGACACUGGUCCAGCCGGGCACUUUUUGCUCUCCAUGGACUGCGCUCCACUCUGUCCCCACUGAGGACCCUUUCCCUCUGUCUUGGGGGUAAAUACUACAAGUCGAGGUUGUUUUUUUCUCUCCUUUCUAUGGGCUCAAGGAUGAAGCUGAAAAAGCAGGUGACGGUAUGUGGAGGAGCCAUAUUCUGUGUGGCCGUAUUUUCCCUGUAUCUGAUGUUGGACAGGGUCCAACACGACCCUGCAAGUCGACAGAACGGCGGUGGGAACUUCCCAAGGAGCCAAAUCUCUGUUCUGCAGAACCGCAUAGAACAGCUGGAGCAGCUACUGGAGGAGAACCACCAGAUCAUCAGCCACAUCAAGGACUCUGUUCUGGAGCUGACCGACACUGGCGCUGUCCCCCCCAGCGGACAGCUGCCCUUCCGCAGUGCCAAUGGUUCCUGGGUCCUGCCCUUUGACGGACACCCCACCUUCCUCUCCGUCAAGCCCCAGGACUGCCAGUUCGCCCAGGGCCGCCACGGACAUACCGACCUGCAGAUGCUAGACAUAUACUCCCUGUUGAAGUUUGACAAUGUGGACGGGGGUGUGUGGAAGCAGGGCUUUGAGAUCACCUAUGAGCCUGAGGCAUGGGACAAUGAACCGCUGCAGGUGUUUGUGGUCCCUCACUCCCACAACGACCCAGGCUGGAUCAAGACGUUUGAUAAGUACUACACAGAUCAGACGCAGCACAUCUUCAACAACAUGCUGGUCAAGCUGACUGAGGACCCACGCAGGAAGUUCAUUUGGUCUGAGAUCUCCUUCUUCGCCAAGUGGUGGGAGAGCGCCGACAUGCACAAGCAGGAAGCCAUGCGCAAGCUAAUCCUGGGAGGGCAGCUGGAGAUGGUGACCGGAGGUUGGGUUAUGACUGAUGAGGCCAAUGUUCACUACUUCGCCAUGAUUGACCAGCUCAUAGAGGGCCAUCAGUGGCUGGAGAAGAACGUGGGUGUGACCCCACAGUCGGGUUGGGCGGUGGACCCCUUUGGCCACAGUGCCACCAUGGCCUACUUGCUGAAAAGGGCCAACCUGACCAGCAUGCUCAUCCAGAGGGUCCACUACUCCAUCAAGAAGCACUUCGCCUCCAGCCGCAGCCUGGAGUUCAUGUGGAGGCAGUCCUGGGACCAAGAGUCGGGCACGGACAUCUUCUGCCACAUGAUGCCCUUCUACAGUUAUGACGUGCCACACACCUGUGGACCUGACCCCAAGAUCUGCUGCCAGUUUGACUUCAAGAGGCUGCCGGGCGGCCGGGUCAACUGUCCCUGGAAGGUUCCUCCGCGGGCCGUGGUGGAGGCCAACGUGGCAGAAAGGGCCCACCUGCUCUUGGAUCAGUACCGUAAGAAGUCCAAGCUGUUCCGCAGUAAGGUGGUUCUGAUUCCGCUGGGAGAUGACUUCCGCUACGACAAGGCCCUGGAGUGGGACCAGCAGUACCUCAACUACCAGAGACUCUUUGACUACAUGAACUCUCACUCUGAGAUGCACGUGCAGGCCCAGUUUGGGACCCUGACCGACUACUUCACCGCGGUUUACAAGGCCAACGGUGUGCCCCAGGGUGUCAGACCCCCAGAAUACCCUGUGCUGAGCGGGGACUUCUUUGCGUACGCAGACCGAGAGGACCACUACUGGAGCGGCUAUUACACCUCCCGGCCCUUCUACAAGAGCAUGGACCGGGUGCUGGAGUCCCAUCUCAGAGGUGCAGAGAUCCUGUUCAGUCUGGCUGUGGCCCAUGCUCGCCAUGCGGGAAUGGAAGGCCGCUACCCCACGUCAGAUUACACUCUGCUGACGGACGCCAGGCGCACCGUCGCCCUGUUCCAGCAUCAUGAUGCCAUCACAGGCACCGCCAAGGAGAACGUGGUCAUCGACUACGGCAACAGGUUACUGCGCUCCCUGCAGGGCCUGAAGAGAGUAAUCAUUAACGCAGCCCACUUUCUGGUAAUGAAAAACAAGGACGUGUAUCGCUUCUACCAGACAGAACCCUUCCUAGAGACGGAUGAUGGGCGUGCCACCCAAGACUCCCUGCCCCAGCGCACCCUUAUCGAACUGGACCAAUCAGGACCUAGGUACCUGGUGCUGUUCAACCCAGUGGAGCAGGACAGGCUGUGUGUGGUGACAGUGUUGGUGAACUCUGUCCGGGUCCGGGUGCUCACAGAGGAUGGACAGACCCUCCCUGUACAGCUCAGUGCCCAGUGGAGCUCUGCUAGCCAGAUGAGCGCAGAGGGCUUCCAGGCCUCCUUCAUGGUGCGUCUGCCUGCCCUGGGCCUGGCUGUGUUCCACCUGUAUGACUCUGCUGACACCCCCAUGACGCUGCGCUCUGAGACCCUGCUGAGGCUGACUGGUCAGGGGCAGACUGCCCACGCCGUGGACCCCCUCCCAUUGCGCUCCCAGACAGCAGACCCACAGCUCUUCUACAUCUCCACCCAGUCCCUUACACUGGGCUUCUCUGGAACCACUGGCCUGCUGGAGAGUAUCCAUCGUAAAGACGACCCCCAGGAGGUCAAGGUUCAGAUCCAGUUUGUGACGUACGGCACUCGGUCCUCAAAGGACAAGAGCGGGGCUUACCUUUUCCUGCCUGAUGGGAAGGCUAAGCCCUACAGUCAGAAGGAGCCUCCGGUGGUGCGUGUGGUGGAGGGCCCUCUCUUCUCUGAGGUAGUGGCUAUGUACCAGCACUUCCAACAGACCAUUCGCAUACACAAUGUGCCAGGUGUGGACGGUCUGUCCCUGGAUGUCACCACCAUGGUGGACAUCAGAGAACAGUCUAACAAAGAGCUGGCCAUGCGUCUGGUCACGGACAUCCAGAAUGACGACACCUUCUACACAGACCUCAACGGAUUCCAAAUGCAGCCCCGGCGCCACUUCCUGAAGCUCCCUCUGCAAGCCAACUUCUACCCCAUGCCCAGCCAGGCCUACAUCCAGGACAGCCAUCUCCGCCUCACCCUGCACUCUGCCCAGGCCCUGGGCGUGACCAGCCUAGAGAGUGGCCAGUUGGAGGUGAUUCUGGACCGGCGGCUGAUGCAGGAUGAUAACCGUGGCCUGGGCCAGGGCCUGAAGGACAACAAGAAGACGGCCAACCGCUUCCGCCUCCUACUGGAGAGGAGGUCCACUGGCAACAAGGUGGUGGACAGCAGACCAACCAGCUUCCCCUCCCUACUUAGUCACAUGACCUCGGCCAUCCUCAACCACGAGGUGUUGGCGCUGCCUGUGCUGCCCAAGAAGCGUGGCAUCCCUCCCUUGCAUACCUUCACGCCCCUUAUGGGGGCCCUGCCCUGUGACUUCCACGUGCUCAACCUGCGCAGCGUCCAGCACCAGCAGGACACCCACUCCCCGUCUCCCUACACAGCCCUCAUCCUGCAUCGGAAGGGUCUGGACUGUGACCUGGAGACCCCCAACCCCGGAUUCAACUGUACCACUUCCAAGGGACAGCUGGGUGUGUCUUCUCUGUUCCGUAACCUGGACCUCCAGCUGCUGCAGCCUGUGUCUCUGUCCCUGAUGUACUCCAGCCCCCCUCUGGCCAAUGACUCCUCCAUCAGCUUGGAGCCCAUGGAGAUCUCAGCCUUCAGGCUCAAACUGCGCUAGCCAGGCUCAGAUAAACACAUCAGACCAGACACGGCCAGGCCAGGCCUGGUCCCACCUGGUUUUGUCUGUUCUAGUCUAUAGGAAGACUGCCUCCCAGUGAACAGAGGGGUGGCCAAGCUGGGGCUUCCUGGUCCAACCUGUGUAUACAACACACAGUACACUACACCACUCUACACUAUACCACUCCACACUUCACCACACACACCCUGAACUGUAAAGUCAGCUUGGAAGAGCAGGUGUCCACCAUGACUAGACUAUAACUGCAGGGGGCUGAUGGCUGUCACACACAGUGGCUGUCUCCAAUCUAUCUCAGAGAAUCAGAAACCUUUGGUGAUUUAGUUUUUGUGCUUGUGAUAAUAAAGGUGAUGUCUUUAUCACAGAACAGAUACUGGUGAUCUUCUGCCUUUGCAUUGCAGUAGUAAUGUCAAGUUAGUGGAAACAUCAUUUUCUUUCAGUUUUUAAAUGAACUUUAUUUGUUUUCUUAAAAUAAAAAAUCCCAUCCUAGACUAACUAAUGAAUGUAAAUAUCACAUGUAUAAGGACCUUGGAAUGGCGACCGAGUGCAAUUUGUAAACGCUUUAUUUUUGCCACGUUCACGUGCUAGUCAAAACUAGGAAACUCUGGUUGUAGUUAUACACGUGCCGCUUUCAACCAAUUGGCAAGUCGAACAUUUUUGAUUUUCCUUGUUCCGACAAGCACAUGAAUGCGGUUAGUUUGGGUAAUUGUUUUCCUUCUACUAUGGAGCCUAUCCACCCGCUGCAGACUAGAGAACUGUUAACUCCAUUACGAGCUCAUCACUGCUCAUUGAACUUUUAUUGACUGCAUUGACAGACUGAAUGCAGUUGUGUACUACCAGUGUGAAUGUUUGCUCUCUAUCUCUGCAGUAGAGGAGCUGAGGCUAUGGCUCUGUAAGGUACUGUAUGUCAAGCAGAGUCAGUCACUCUGUAGUCACUACCAGGCUGGGGAUUAGGUCUCUCUAAGGAAAUACCAAUCCCCACGCUACUUUUGUUUUUAGUCAUCAUUAUCUCCCUAUUGCAUGACUGUACGGCCUGCUAUCCUUUCAAUCCCCCCUUGCUUGUAGAUGGUCUGAAGACUUUCAAACUGUUAUGUGAGCCUCUCAAAGCUAUCAUGUCCCGAUGAGUUGGCUGUGGAGGACCUGUGAUGGAAUUUAAGUUAUGUUUGUAUUUAAAUGCUCCUAAAGCCAUUCCUGUGCUCCUGUUCUUUGUGUGUGUACGCCAUUCGAUGGACGAAUGGUGGUGUGUACUAUACUGUAUGCAGUAGAAGAAACUACUGUGAUGACAAUACCUCAUAUUUAACAUGACACAUUGGUAUGUAUAUUGAUGUGGAAACUUCUGUGAAGAUACAGUAUGCCAGAGGAGUAGUAAGAUCCAGAGUGCAGUAUCAGGGACAAGGUGUCUGUUCAUAUCACUGUACUGUUAAUCAUCAUUAGUGAGUCUGUGUAGUGGGGUUGGAGCAUCUGGCUUUCAAAGCCAGGCAUGGAGACCCUGUUUUUAAAGGCAGGAUCGUGGUUCAACCUUCCCUUCAUGAUGAUGUGGAGACAUGGUCCGUUGAACAAACAAACAGGGAUCCUUCAGGUCUGACUUUGACAGUGAGUUUACUGGCGCAAACAUGGUAUUUUUUUUAAUCAGCUUUCAUCAUAAAACAUCGCUAUAGCCUUGAUCCUGGUGGGGUUAAGGUACCUGUCUAUGAUUCAUUUCUGCCUUUGGUGUGGAAGGCUAAACAUCAGUAGCUUACAUCAGUAAUGGCAGAUACACUGUUUAUCAGUCAUCUCUGCCGUUUCUCACUAUAUGUUUCUCCUCUACCAUCUUUUAGACCAUCCUACUAUCCAAAUAUUUUUUUCACCCUGCUGUGUUCUGUUUUACACUCCUCACUCAGAACACUACAGUCCAACAUUUCACUCUACAAUGCUCAGGUACUAGCCUGGCCCCAUACAGCGGAUGUGCUGUGGCCAACUCCUCUAUUGAUGUCAUACCAUCUUUGGUAUGAGAACAAAGAAACAGAGAGGAGUUGGUUGUAUGUAUCAACAGACUGGACCACCAGACUACCAAUGUAGCCUGCAUCACUUUUCAUUAUCAGCACUUCCGCACUCUUUUCGGAUUGCAUUUUCCCUCUAGCUAUAUGUCAUGACACUACCUCUGUUUCUAAUACGGCACUCCCCCCUAUUGUCCCUUUCUUCCCACUCUCCUACUGUCUCUGUAUGUGUCCCAGUCCCUCUGUAGUCUUGUCUUUUGUAUGUGAUAUUUGUUGUAGGACUUUUUUUAAGAUGGAGUUUAUGAAGGACUAAUUUCUUUAUUUUAUUUGUUUCUUCCUGGAUGUGUGUUUAAAUAAAGAUGCAUAGAAGAAAAAUGCAGACGCGAUGCAGUCAGAAUAAAGAUCAAAUAUGAUACUUGG